AUGUUUGUGGACAUUCUGCUGCUUUUGUGGGGUUUAUGGCAUCCACGCAAUACGCUUGAUCCAUUGCACACUGUUCGCCGGGUUAAGCCUCCACCACUGGGUUGUAUCAAAAUCAAUGUCGAUGGUGCAUGCCCUGCCCCUUCGGGGGCCCAGCCGCCAUUGGUGUUCUUGCUCGCGACUGUCACGGACUGGUUAUUGCCAUUUGCCAGUCGUGGUCAGCCUUUACAGGUGCCUCUUGAUGCAGGAGUUGUGGAAGCACAUGCCAUUGCUCUUGGUGUCCAACUUGCGCUUGAAUUGGAUGCUACUGCCACAGUUGUUGAGAGUGAUGCUCUUAACAUUUUUGACUUGACAGUUGAGAUUAUCAGGAGGUUCAGGGCUUCACAGUUUGAUUUGGUCAAAACUGGUUUGAAGAGUGAAGGGGAUGUCAUUUCGGUUAACAUGGCCUCGCUGAAGGCUGGCACACCUUCUCCCAUUCCAUCUGAAGCAGAAGCUGGUUUUGACAUUCGAGUACCACCAACAGCUAAUACAGAAUCCUUGGAGAAACGAAUAGCUGAGCAAGUGAUGCACGCAUUCUCUCUUGGAAAAAGUUGGCAUUCAGUAAUAAACAAAAGGGUGGUGUACCAUUUCCAAAAUCUGUUAUUACAAAAUUUCAAUGGAGGUCCUGCAAUAUUUGACUUGGAAUCAAUAUGUUACUCCUGUCUGCGGUCUAAGGAAAAGGGUACUACUGUUGAUUACCUGGGAAGGCCGCUCAUAACAUCCACUGACAGUUCUAACCCAUGGUGGACUCUGUUGGAAGAAGCUAUCAAGAAAGCUAAUGGAAAGGUCGGGAAGCCAGAGAUUUUUCCGGCGUCUACAGAUGUUUGCUAUUUUCGGCAAGUGGGCCUACCAGCUAUCGGUUUUUCACCUAUGGCUAACACUCCUAUUUUGCUUCAUGACCAUAAUGAGUUUCUUAACCAAGCCGAGUACUUGAAAGGAAUCGAUGUGUACGUGUUCAUUAUUAAAUCAUAUACGUCAUACAUCCCAUCUAGAAGAGAGCCUCCAAGGGACGAGCUAUAAAGGAUAAGCACGGGCAUAUCUUCUUCCUCAAGUGAUAACUCUUAAUUUCUCUUGCUACCUUGACGUACAACCAUAAGGAAUCGAUGUGUAUGUGCCCAUUAUUAAAUCAUGUACGUCAUACAUCUCAUCUGGAAGAGAUAGCCUUCCAGGAGACGAGUUAUAAAGGAUAAGCACGGUCGUAUCUUCAUCCACAAGUGAUAACUCUUAGUUUCUCUUGCUUCCAUAAGGAGAAUAGAGCUAAGGUUAUCCUAGUAAUGUGUCAUUAACAAUGGAAGCAGUUCAUCAUGUUGCUUGUGGAUGAUGGGUUAUUUGAAUGUGCCUGAU